AUGAUGAACUUCACCUUGAUAACAGCUUUGCUCUGUUCCUUCAGUUUGAUCUCUGUCUGUGUUUGUGAGCUCCACACUGUGGAGGUUCAGCCUGGUGAAGACGUCACACUGAUGUGCUCCAACUUUACCAGUUAUGCCUCUUACAUUUUCUGGUUCAGACUGGCCGACAGAUCCAACAUCAGCUGUAUCUCCUCUAUGAGGACCGCUGACGGCAAUGCUUCUUUCCAGGAUGGAUUUCGAAAUGGCAAAUUUAACAUGACAUCCAACAUCACUACCCUCUUUCUCACAAUACGACAAGUGGAUUUAUCUGACUCUGGACUGUACUUCUGUGGAUUUUACAAAGAUGAAAAGCCAGUUAUUGACAGUGCAACAUAUUUAAAGGUUCAAGAAGCAGUUGUUGGAUUAAGGAACCUGGUGAAUGUGAUCCUGGGCGCUGUGAUUAUUUUCCUUAUUACAGUCAUCAUCGGUCUGGUUGUCAAAAUCAGGAACCUUUAUACAGCCCAUAAAGAGGGACCAAAUCCACAAGAAAGUGAGAACCUGGGCUCUGGAGAUCUGAACUAUGCAGCGCUCAGUUUCCAUCCAAAGGCAAAAGGCAGCAGAAGGCCUGCAUCAGAGAGAGAGCUGGAGCCAAAUGUUGUGUAUGCUGCCACCAGAUAGACUCAGGAAACAUCUGGAACUGCAUCUGUGAUGUUCAUCUAUCAGCAAGGAGGACUUAAGAUCACCUAUGUUACAAAAAAUUGAUAAUAAAUAAUCUAUUUGUGCAAAACUGGCAACAUUUUUAAACCAUGACAGUCUAUUUUCUCUUUCUGCUUAAGUUUGUCUA